UACUAUUAUGGUACGCGCAAUCGGCAGCCCCCAGAAGUCGGCACUUUCACAAAACUCGUGUUUCCAGCUACCUAAACACAAAAUUAUUUACAUAGACAUCAUUCUCUCUCUAACACAACUCAAUAUGAGGUCAAACGAAUACAUUUGAAGCAGAAUUGAAUGAGAUAGCUGAAAGUGCCGAAGUCACGCAGAAAUGUCACCUGCCGAUAUAUGCCGUGACGGAGUUUCAAUACUGCACACACCAGUGCCGACUGGUGCUGUGCUGCUGGUCAUGGGGCUAGAGCAGCGUGAAAAGGAUAAGGCCGACGCGGAGAAGCAGGCCAAAAAGAAGACAGAAGAUGAAGCGCGCCACACUCAGAUCGAACGCGAUAUCGAGUCGAAGACGUUUGAUGCACUCUCAACACUCCGGCGCAAGGAUGAUUUUAUCGCACUUGCUGGCGCUCUCAAGAUUUCAAGAGACGGAACGGUUGAGGAACUCAGGACUAGACUCAAAGAGUUUCUUGCUGAUGCCGCAAAUCAGCACUUUGCCGACAAUCCACGUUUUGCUGCGCUCUUCCAGACGGGAAAAACGCGUUCGAAGAAUAAGAAUUUAGCCACUGCGUCAUCGACAGGACAGGCUAGUAGUGGCGCCUCGCAAGACAAUGACGCUACCUCAUCCAACAAUUCCGGUACUCAUUUUUUCACCCCACCUGCCAGUGCACAUUCUUUUAAUCCAUAUUAUCCUCCACACUUUACUAACCAGCCAUAUUUUCAUCAAUUCUAUGCUAAUCCAGCUCUCCGCGCACCAUCUUACUCUACAACGCAACAUAAUAAUUCAUCCGGCGGUCCCAUUGCGUCAUCAUCAAACUUAGACAGACAACCUCAGCAUCCUUACAACACACACAGUCUCCCUACACAUCCCCCUCAAUUAUACAACUACGGCACUAAUCAUGGUCACCCUCGUACUUAGAUUCUACUAGUAUAUACUGUACUUGCUUGCUCACGCCGAAUACUAACUCACUUCCUUGCG